AUGUCCCGCGCCUCCGCCGCCGCGGACUCGAUCCCCCCGAGCGCGCGCGCGAUCGCGCUGCUGCUCGCGUCGACGCCGACGGUGCAGGACGCGCAGCCGGGCGUGCUCCACCAGCUCCUCGAGUUCUCGCACCGGUACACGGCGCAGGUGCUCUCCGACGCGCUCGUAUACGCCGAGCACGCGGGCCGCUCCGGGCGCGUCGAGAUGGACGACGCCGUGCUCGCGGUGCAGGCGCGGGUCGGCUGGGAGUUUGGCGGGCGGGUGCCGAAGGAGUACGUCCUCUCGCUCGCGACGCAGACGAACGCAGCCCCGCUCCCCGCCGUGCCCGAGGCGCACGGCGUGCGCCUCCCGCCCGCCGCGGACUGCCUCACCGCGGUCGACUUCGACCUCGCGCCCGCGCGGCCGCCGCCCGGCGCGCCGCUGCUCGUCGAGGAGGUCGAGGAGGUCGAGGAGUCCGAGUCGGACGAGGACGAGGACAUGGAGCCCGCGCCGAUCCGCGCGCCCGCGCCGUUCGGCCGCGCGGACGCGCUCGCGCAGCUCCCCGGGCCCGCGGUGACGCCGUCGGACGUGGACAUGCUCACGCCGGGGGCGGGCGGCGGCGGCGGCGGUGGUGGUGCGGGUGCGGGUGGAGAGGAGGGGAGCGAGGCGGAGGAGGACGACGGGCUGUUUGCGGGAGGCGACGAGGAGGAGGAGGAGAGCGGGGACGAGGCGAUGGAGGACGUGGCGGCUGGGGGCGCGGGGGAGGCGAACGGGAUGAAGCGCAAGCUCGUCGAGGAGGAGGACUACGACUGA